CGUCGAGGAUACUGCGGGGCCACAGUGACCUUGAUUGGAGCCUCUUCAGCAGCGGCGAGUCCAGCCUGCUGGAACAAAUGUCUGACUGGCGGCCGUCAAAGCUGAACUAAAUCCCACCUAAAACAUCCAGGUGGGUCACAAAGGUGCUCGACAUGGGAGGGAAAGUAUCUUUUGGACUGGACGAAGAGGAGAAGGUCACCGUUACUGAAGGAGUGAAGCUGUCGGAGGAUCUUCUCAGACGAAUGAGGGAUGCCAGCUCCAAGAACUCUCAGCAAGACGCCCACAGAACAUCAAAUUUAAAACCGCCCAGAGCGUCUACCACUGAAGUGCAGGAAGAAAUUCGUAGAAAUUUUGAGAAGCAGCAGGCCUUGGUGCAGGAGCAGCUGGCCAGACUGGACCAGACUGUGGGCUUUGACCACCCGAGUCCCUCGGUCAUCAUGGAGAAAGGGAAGGCCCGUGGGGAGCAUGAAAAGGCCAAGAUGCUGAGCAGACAACUGGAGAGAAAAGAGCAAGACCUGGUUAGCCUUUCCAACUUCUACAAACAUCAGAUUGAGAUACUGGAAAACAGGAACCUCGACGCUUACCAACAGACCACUGACCAGUACAAGCCGGCGGCCAGCAAAACUGAGGCCAAAAUCAGACCCCAGCAGACCCCGGCCCCGUGCACCGAGCUGCAGGCCCGGGUGCUGCAGUGUUACGCAGAGAAUCCUCAGCAGACUCUGCUCUGCUCCAGCCUGGCCAAACAAUACAUGAGCUGUGUCCUGCAGGCCAAGAAGAGCUCGCUGACCAACGGCGGACGAGAAGCCCCGAGCAAGAAAGCGUGAAGAGCAGGAGCGAAGACGAGGGAAGAUGUCAAAAAUCCCUCCAAAUUCUGGCCUCCCUCUGUGCUUCUGUCCAUUUUAUUUAUUUAGCGCCUCCCUCCUCUCCUCCGCUCGCCGUCUUUCUGAGUCUAUUUCGCCUCUACCUGAUGCCCUGAUUUAUGGUCAAGUCGCGCGGGCACACCCAAAUAAAAACCCCGUGGUGACGA